CAUUUUGCCAGCACGUACGAUCCCGGUUAGUCGACGCCGGUGCGAAGUAUAAUUCCCGUUCGCGACGAGUUCGUGUUGCCGGGCCAGUGACUGUCUGUCGGCGGCGUUCUUGGUUUCACGGUCACGAGAUAGUACAGAGAGCGCGCGCGUGAGAACCUGUUACUCAGUGAAUAUCGCCAACGGAAGCCGUCGUCGGAGAAUCGUUGUCGCAGGGCCGCGAAACACGUCGCGUACCCGGUUCGUAGAUUCACUUUUAGCAAGAUAUGGCGGAGCUACAGGGAACCCCGGUCUCCCAGGACGCCCUGGCCGUGGCUCAGUUGGAACUCGGAGGAAAUCCGAACGCCUUGGCGUUGCGUAGGCCAUUCGACCCCGUGGCACAUGAUCUGGACGCAACCUUCCGCCUUACGCGGUUCGCCGACCUAAAAGGAUGAGGGUGUAAAGUCCCUCAGGAGGUUCUUGGGAAACUCCUUGAGGGACUACAGGCCGACGAUGGUAGCGCACAGGAUCAUGAGCAUGCCCACUUUAUGCACAUGGCCAUUCCACGCAUCGGUAUUGGUAUGGAUUCCUCCGUGACUCCACUGAGACACGGUGGACUGAGUUUGGUGCAGACCACAGACUUCUUCUACCCACUUGUGGAUGAUCCAUACAUGAUGGGUAAAAUUGCAUGCGCUAAUGUUAUCAGCGAUUUGUACGCCAUGGGUGUUACGGAGUGUGACAAUAUGUUAAUGUUGCUGGGAGUCAGUACAAAGAUGACUGAAAAGGAACGGGACGUUGUUGUUCCUUUGAUCAUGAGAGGGUUUAAAGAUUCUGCCUUGGAAGCUGGCACAACAGUGACAGGAGGUCAAACAGUUGUUAAUCCUUGGUGUACAAUAGGUGGUGUUGCAUCCACUGUUUGUCAGCCAAACGAAUACAUUGUCCCAGAUAAUGCAGUAGUUGGCGAUGUUCUUGUGUUGACAAAACCCCUUGGAACCCAAGUAGCUGUCAAUGCUCAUCAGUGGUUAGACCAACCAGAUCGUUGGAACAGAAUCAAACUUGUGGUUAGUGAAGACGAUGUGAGAAAAGCUUAUCAGAGGGCAAUGGACAGCAUGGCCAGGUUGAACAGAAUAGCGGCCAGAUUAAUGCACAAGUAUAAUGCACAUGGAGCAACAGAUGUCACAGGCUUUGGACUUUUGGGACACGCACAAAAUUUGGCCAAACACCAGAAGAACGAAGUCUCCUUUGUUAUUCACAAUUUACCUGUUAUAGCUAAAAUGGCAGCUGUCGCGAAAGCGUGUGGUAAUAUGUUCCAAUUACUUCAAGGUCACUCGGCAGAAACAAGCGGAGGAUUGCUUAUUUGCCUACCGAGAGAACAGGCUGCGGCGUAUUGCAAAGAUAUCGAAAAACAAGAAGGAUAUCAGGCAUGGAUUAUCGGUAUCGUAGAGAAAGGAAACCGCACAGCCAGAAUAAUCGAUAAGCCGCGAGUGAUAGAAGUUCCAGCUAAGGAGAAGGACGGCGAACUCUGGUAAAGGGUCGAAUGUCAUCGUCCCUUUAUUCGCAGACAUGUAUUUAGAGAAUAUCACGGACAACACGCAUUUACACAUGAAAACACUUCACGGAUUCAGAGCACUAACGCGUGUGCGCACUGUAUUACAAAGUUUCUUUUCUCUAGAUAGGAAAGUAUUGAGGAAGAACGCAUUUCAUAACAGUUUCGAUUACACUUUCGUUCCAUGGGUUAAAAACGUGAUAUAUAACAAUAAUGACUUUUAAUUAUACGUUGUCUUUAUCAAAGUUUACUGAAUUUACAGUUCUUUAUUUUUCUUUGUAACUGUCGAAAGUUAAAAAAAAAUAUCUUUUAAAUGUUCCUAGCUGUCUUCCAGGCAGCUAUGAACGGUUAUCGAAGAAUUUCAUGAUGAAGAAACAUGGGGGAAGCAAUUUAACAGAAACAGUUAAAGAGCUUAGAUAUAGUCUUUCUAAAGUCAAGACUAAAUACGUGUAAGUAUAGCCUCGGGUAGCACUAGGCUAAGCUUUCAACUUGCAUUGGAUCAAACUGGCAAUACACGUUGAGUGACAUUUGGGUGCUUAGCGUUACAAAGAAUGGUUGAUUAAGGUACACAAGAAUGAUAGUGAUUACAAAAGGUCUAUAAAUAUAUUUUAAGGGGGUAUGCCGCAUAACGAAACGUUUUAAAAAGCGAACAAAUUGUACAUUACACGAAACUAUGACUUACAAAUAGGGACGAACAGAUGAGUCACAGACACUACAGAUUGGAAAGUUGUAAACCAAGACAUUACUACCCCGUAGUACUCAAUGACAGGCAUUCGACAUCAACGAGAUAUCCACGAUUUGUAAUCCUGAUCUAUUGUUAUAUAGAAUGCCUAUAAGAUGUCCAAAUGUAAGAUAAGGCCUUCUCUAGUUCUCUCGUUACAUACGCUUUUGAAAAUAAUUAUUAAAAAAAAAAAAAAGAAGAUUACAAAAAAUCGAGCACAGGCCCUAAUGUUGUAUUACUUUUUCAUAUGAAUAAAGUGCUACUUUGUCAAUAAAA